CUUCUGGCUAUCUCUUUAAAACUGAACAUACAAUAGUGUCAACCCCAUCGAUUUCGACAGUAAAUACAGUAACCAUGUCUGAUAUCUACUCUUACUCUGUUGAGUUUCCCAAGUCCACUCUUCCCCUUAGUGACCUGAAGGGCAAGACUCUCUUGUUCGUCAACGUUGCGAGCAAGUGCGGUUUGACUCCUCAGUACAAGGAUCUUCAAGCUUUGCACGAGAAGUACGGUGAUAAGGGGCUGGCGAUCAUUGGUUUCCCUUGCAACCAGUUUAAGGCUCAAGAGCCUGGGACCGAUGAUGAGGUUCUUCAGUUCUGUCAAGUCAACUAUGGAGUGACUUUCCCUAUUGCUAAGAAGGGCGACGUUAAUGGCGAAAACACUCAGCCUAUCUGGAAAUACCUCAAAGAGAAUGCCGAGCCCCCUGUCUCUGACAUCGACUGGAACUUUUCCAAGUUCCUUGUCAAGGAUGGAAAGAUCACUUGGUUCCCUGCCCGAAGCACCAAGGUUAGCGAUGUUGAGGCUGCUCUUUGAUAAGGUAGUUCUGCAUCACAACUAAAGAAAAAGGUAGAGCAAUUGUGUGUCAAAAUGGAAAUGAAUGCAACUUGUUAUAUAUCACAGAGUUCAACUCCUUCCC